AUGAGCAGCAGGGAGACCAAAGACCGUCUUCGGAAACUGACGAUAUUCGAUGGCAACACAUCAUGCGCCGAUUGCAUGGCUCCGAGACCAACAUGGACCUCGCUAAUCGUCUUACCAGAAAGAGAAGAACCUGUAGAACAUGAAUCAGUACCAAAGAUGCUUGGCGUAUUCAUCUGUUUUCGGUGUUCUGGAGUGCAACGCGGAAUAGGAUCUAAAUUCUGUAGCGUAAAGAUGAUGGCGAUGGACAAGUGGACCGAAGAAGAACUGAAAGCUAUCGAACUGGGAGGAAACAAUGUUGUCAAUUCAGUUUAUGAAGCGAAGGAAGUGACGGGAAGACCGGAACCGAGGGCAUUGAUGAACCCGAGGAAAGCGUUUCUGAAAGAAAAAUAUGUUGAAAGGAAAUUUCUGGAUAUGGAUAAGCUUGAGGAGGUGUUGCAAUGGAUAUCACUCUCCGAAGCCAGAGAAAAAGAAAAGGAAAAAGAGACGAAAUUGGCAGAGAUGAAGCAAGAAGAAGGGAAACGAUCAGAUGGUCCCAACAGCUCUGGUAUUGACAGCUCGCUGCAUUUCGAUGACGGGAAACUCUUCCCGUCGCCACAAUUUACCCAAACAAAGACAGCGGCACCACUAGCGACUCUGGACUCAGCUGAUGAAGAGCAGGAGAGCGAGUUUCCUGAGGAUUUUCCAAAUUUUCCAGACUUUGACAGCUCCCGACCGGAUUUGUCGAAGGAAAUAUCGCAGGUUGGAGAAUUUGGUGAUGUCCGCAAAUCUUUCCUAGCUUCCGUGCCGGAGACAAUGUUGGCAGGCAGUGCGGAAACCAUGUCACUUGAUGAUUUUAGCGCUGACACAUUUGGUGACGAGGAUGGCUUGUCAUCCAAACCGCAGGCCCCAAUUGCCUUUGAAGACUUGUUCACUGAAGAUGAUGAAUCGGUAGAGGACGAUUUCGGUGAGGCAGUGGACUUUUCUUUUGUCUCACCAAAACCAAAAGCUCUUGAAGAAUCCAAUAAAUCUCAAGUUGGAGCUGCGGCGGAUUCAUCAUUCGUGGCUGAUGCAUUGCUCCCACAAAUUCCAAUUGAAAGUGAAGAACCCAAACCAGAGCAGGAUGAUGAUUCGUCAUCGCACUCUUCGCACAUUUCGCAUUCGUCCCACUCAUCUCACUCGUCGGCAGAAGAAGAGUUGAGAGAAACUUAUGAUACAAGUGGGCCUGAUUCACAAGACCCUUUUGGUGAAGAGCUUGCAUUUCCAGAGGAGCCAUUGCCCCCCGCAAACGAUAUUCUUCAAUCUUUGGACGAGCCCUUUACCACACAUGCCUCCGAUACACAGCAAACGACAAAUACUGAUAAAGGUGAGAUAGAUGCGGACUUUCCGUCGAUGGAAGCAGGAUCCGAGGCCAAUGGUCCCGAUUCACAGACUCCGAUUGAUGCAGAAACUUCAUCCAGCGGCGACCCAAUUCCAUCGUUGCAAACACCCAGCCAGCCGCUGCAGCCUUCCUCCAAGGCGGAUCCUUUUGACCGUCAAAAUACGUCAAGUACGGAUCCGUUUUCGUUCGACACAACCGGAAAGACCCAAUCACUGAAGACUGCUGAAGCGAAUGCUUUCGGCGGACAAGACAGCGCAUUUGCAGAUCCUUUUUCUUUCGAUGGAGCAGACCAUACUUUCCCCGGCAGCACUAAUUUCGGUGCACAAACGGCAGCAAGUAUGGAUCCAUUUGCCUUUGGCGACGAACCAAGCAAAUCGUUCGACGACGCGUUUGGGGGAGAUGCCUUUGGGGACGAUGCAUUUGGCGAUCAGGAUGCGGACCCAUUUGCAGCUGAUGGAGAUAGCGAUGAUUUCUCAGCGAGUUUAAGCAGAGAUGAAGGAUUUAAGGACUUCUCCAAUGUUGACAAUUCCUUUCGUAGCGAUUUGAGGGCACCAUCGGAGCGCCUCGGUUCCAAUACUACUGACAAGUCCUUUGAUGGAGACUCCUUCUCGAAUUCGGAUCGUGUCGGAAGAACACCAGGGCACACUCCUUUCCAUGUCACCCCAUCAAAUCGAAGAAGAUCGUCCAGUGUGGACAAGUCAUUCGACGAAGAAGAGCCAAAAAAGAAGAGGCCACCUUCACUGGAUUCGGCUUUCAAAAAGAUGUCCCAAGCAGAUGCGACCACCCGCUCCGAUUGCGCUUCGACUGCCUCCUCCUCAUCAAGGCCCAGUGUCAUGAGUGUCAAAACCGCGCCGACAAGGCAUCGUUCCCGUUCUGCAGACAGGGAUGAUCUAUCGACACCUAACUCACACGGUAGCAAAGGAAAACGACACACCAUGUCAAUUGGCACAAGGUCUUUCAAUUCUUCUCAGCAACGGCGUAAGCCCAAACCCCGUCAGACGAGGGAAGGAUCUCUCGAUCGUGGGGCAUCAUGGGGCAACACCCUUCCCGAAGACGACGAUGCUAAUGAUGCCUUGCCUCCUCGUGCAACAUCUAUGGAUGACCGGUUGUUUGGCUUCGAAGACGAUGACGACAGUGACGAUGGCUUCGGCCAAUCGCUUUCGCACAAUCAAAGGGCAGAGAGUCGGUUUGGUGGCUCUCGGAUGGGCCGACAACCUGGUUCUCAGAGGGCUCAAAAACCAACAAGAUCCUUGUCCCCAUUCAUGGAAUUUUCACGUGCCACAAAAGGAAAAAGCAAUGAGAGUGAUAACGAGCCUAGCCCUCAUGAGGAUGAGGAUGUAGGUUUCAAACAUUCGUUCCGGCCACCAAAGCGUACACGGUCGUUGAACGUGGAAGAAGCUAUGAAACCAUCUACUAGGGGAAUGCCAGCGAGGGAUGAACAGGAUAUUGCAAGCCGCGACCAGUCACCAUUUUCUCGUGCUACCGCUGCGAAACAAAUUCGAAAGCCUUCAUCCAUGGAAAGAAUCGGUGAUGAUGGAUUCUCAAACCCAAACACCCCUCGUGUUACAAUGGCAGGAUGGAGUGCUGGAAACAUCUCGGACGUUGAAUCCACUGCAAGCAGCCACAGCAAUAUGAGUUACAAAAUGCCCGUUGUCACCGAAGAGAAUAAUCCCGUAUCUUUCACUCACGUUGCCGAUGAGCUUUCUGCUUCGUUUGACAAGGACGAUUUUCCUGCUCCAAGGCGUGCCUCAGGAGAUUCCGGACCAAAGCGGAGAAACCACCUGGUGAGAAUCGAAUCUGCUCGGUCGAAGGUCCGGAGGAAGGAAGAAGCUCUUGCUGGACUCAUUCAAGAUACCGAACGACGCCAGAGCCUACAGUCGACUCCAAGUUUAAGAAUGAAAUUGGAGGCAGACGAGGAUAUGUUCGAACGACAUGCAUCGUCUGUGGAUGGAGGCCUGGAAAAGUAUGAACGGCAGGAAUCUGGGGAUACUCCGAAACGAAAAUUCGUGCUCUUCCCUAGCAAGACCAAUAAUACUCCCGAAAAAUCAGAAACCAGGUGA